AUCAAACAGUGUACACAUUACACUGCGAGCUAUCAUGGCAGCGAGGAAAAUCACGUCCGGCACCGCCAACAAGGUCAAGUACUUGAUGGGUGUCUGUCAACCCACUUGGAAGGAGAAUGCAACAAAAGUCGAGAUCUUCGGUCACGAAUACGAUCAUCGUCUGCACAUGUUUUUCAGGACGAAGCGCUCCGUUUACGCCCACGAUCCCGAGAAAAAGUGCAAGACCGGCGAUACGAUUCUUGUAAGACAGUUGCCGCAAAAGAUGACGAGAUUGAUAACGCACGAGGUGAUCGAUGUUAUCUAUCCACUUGGUGAUGUCACUGAUCCAAUAACAGGAAAGAAGGUUGCAGCUGGUGUUUACAGAGAUGAAAUUAAAAUAGUCAAUGAGGCAUUUGGAAAAUCAAAGACCGGAUUCGAUUAUGACACAGCACCACCUCGAGGUGAUCAAGAAGGAAUACGUGACUUCACAGACAAACCAACUUACAAAAAGUACCAUGAAGAGGAUCAAGAUCCUCAUGCUCUGUAAAUAGUUGUAUUAUAGUUUUAAUAAAUUUGUUUGUUAA